GUCACUGAACAUGUGAAAGUUGAACCGCUGCACAGCCGCCAGCGCAGUCGUUAUGGAGUUGUUGGACAGAAAAUCAGAUUCGACGAGCAUUGACAUGCCUGUGACCCUUGAGCCUAUGAUGGAGGAAACCCUGAGAGAAGACCUGAGAUACUACUUCAUGAGUCCCUGUGAGAAAUACAGAGCGAGACGACAACUACCGUGGAAGCUGGCCGUGCAGAUUUUAAAAAUAGUUAUGAUUACGACUCAGCUUGUUCUCUUUGGCCUUAGCAACCAGCUUGUAGUGGCCUACAAGGAAGAGAACUUGAUGGCUUUCAAGAAUUUGUUCCUGAAGAGCUACAGCGGUGUAGAUGAAGAUGACUACAGUGUGGCUGUUUACACCAAACAGAGUGUCAUUGAUAAUAUAUUCUAUGUCUUAGAUCAGUAUUCUCAGUUAGACCAGCUGUCUGUCGGCCCUGUUAGCUAUGCAGAGGAGAACAGGAGGCUACUGCCCUUGGUAAUCUGUAAAGAGUCCUACAGACCGGGCAGGGUGGAGUCGUCAGAUGAGUCCUAUGAUAUUGAUGCCCAAACUGAGAAAGUUUGCUUGACUUGGGAUCCUAAGUCCAUUGCAACAUGGAGAACAAACAGUUCCACUUUCUUUGAGCUGGACUUUUACAGGCUUGUCAACGUUGAGAUCUCUUUCACACUUAAAGGAAUUAACCUACAAACCAUAAGCUCACAUGAGCCGCCUGACUGUUACAUGUUUGCUGUGACGAUUACAUUUGACAAUCAAUGCCAUAGUGGAAAAGUGAAAAUUACCCUGGAUCUUGAUGCUGUUAGUAGUGCAUGCAAGAACUGGAAGAUAUCUGGAACUGCUCAGAAGAAUACUCACUACCUCCUGAUCUUUGAUGGCUUCAUUAUUUUAGUGUGCCUCACUUCUGCUGUGCUGUGCAUUCGCUCCAUUGUUCUUGCAAUUAAAUUACUUCAGAGAUUUUCCAAAUUUUGUCUGAAAAAAUACAACCGCAAAGUAUGUGAGGAUGACCAAAGAGAAUUUUUAAAUGGGUGGUAUGUCUUGGUAAUUAUCAGUGAUGUUAUGGCAAUCAUAGGAUCUGUAUUGAAGAUGGAAAUACAGGCAAAGAGCAUGACUAGCUAUGAUGUGUGUAGCAUCUUUCUGGGAACAUCCACACUCAUGGUGUGGGUUGGUGUCAUCAGAUAUUUGGGAUAUUUUCAGAAAUACAAUGUUCUUAUCCUCACUAUGCAAGCAGCCCUGCCAAAGGUGCUACGCUUCUGCUGCUGUGCAGGAAUGAUCUAUCUGGGCUACACAUUUUGUGGGUGGAUCGUCCUGGGGCCCUAUCAUGAAAAGUUUGAAGGUCUCAGCCGUGUGGCUGAGUGCCUCUUCUCUCUCGUGAAUGGAGAUGACAUGUUCCCUACAUUUGCGGAGUUCCAGCAGAAGAACACUCUGGUGUGGUUGUUCAGCAGAGUCUACCUCUACACCUUCAUAUCUCUCUUCGUCUACAUGGUGCUUAGUCUCUUCAUAGCCCUCAUCACAGAUGCUUACGAGACCAUCAAGGAGACCAGAUUCCCCUUGACCAAGCUGCAGCUGUUCCUGAGGACAGGGAAGGAUUUCCCCCUGCUGGAGGGGGAGGAUGAUGGUGGGAGCAGAGAAAAUGGUGGCCCCUCGGUCAUGCUAUGUUGCUGCACAAGAGUUCCCAAAGAGGAUACCACUAUGCUUAUCAGCUAACAGCACGUGUAGAGACCACCUCAGGAUGCAGAAAUUAGCCAAGACAAGGCCAUGUGCAGUGGCAAAAACUGUGAAUGUGAACUGUUUUACAGAAUACUUCCAUCAUGGUGUGCAUACUAUACACCAUCCAUCUAGUCCAGUGGAGGAAAGGAAUACUGCCUAAUUCACUUGAGUAUGAGCGAUGGGGAAAAUAAUGACUCACAUUAGCCAAAGGAAAGAAGACUAAACAUCACUAACAACCACUACAAUAUAAUUAAGAUGCAAGACAAAAAAAAAUGUACCGUGUCAGAUGACAUGCAGAGGAAAUAUCUAAUGCAUCUUAAUAUGAAGUGCAAUAUUAUCCCUUGCAUGUGGAUAAUGGGAAAUGCUGUAUAAUUGGGGGAAAUGCAAUGUGUUCAAUGCAAUUAUUUAUUAACACAGGUUAUCUCCUUGUCUCGGAAAAUGCAUUAAGGCUGUAGUGCAUCAUUAAUAUUUAAUGAUGGUCUGUACAGUGGUGAUGAUUUGUCUGUGUUCUUAGCUUCCAUUACAUGCAUUUGUUGAACAACAGGUGACAAAUAGGUAUCUUCAUCUGUCAUGUUUGCACUUUUCUAGAACAUUUUCUCCAUAUUUGUGAUCUUUCAUCUCCUUGUCUAUAUUUUGACUCUGUAUCUAAUUGCUAUUGGGUUGUUUUUUCAAAAAGUUUUAUCUAAUAUCUCAAAACAAUGUUUUUUUUUCCAGAAUGUUGACAUCUUAAAAUAACUUUUUUUAAAUAACUUUUUUUUUAAUUUUGAUAUGGCAAAAUAAAUUUUGAGAUGUCAAAAUAAUGUGUUAUUACAUAUCAAAGAAAUAUGUAAUACAUUAAAGAUAUGUAGUCAUUCUGAGAGUCAGAAAUGAGAGAAAAUAAGUUAUUUUGACAAAAUAGUUUUUUUUACAUUACCAGUCAGAAUGUUACAUAUUGCAUACACCAGAAACUGUGUGUGAAAAGAGUUUCUUUUCAUUUUCUUUGAACCUAGUAUACUUCAUAACAUUUAAAAUCCAAUCAGAUUAAAAAUUUAUGGGAAAGUGGACAUGUCAUAACAUGACUGUUGCAUGUUGUUGAGAGACAUCUGGAAAGAUAUGGAGUGAUAAGCUACCCAGCAACUAACCUUGGUCUACUGAAAACAGAAUUCCAGAGAAUAAUGAAAGUGUAGGGACAGGUUUUAUUUCAACAUUUAAGUAGUCUAACAGCUCUCAGGAUUUAUUUGAACGUCCAGAUAGUCUGAUGGGAUGUACAAACCCGUAACCAAUCAUGUCCAACAACUAAUUCACACUAAUAUGACAAGGGAAAAUGCUGCAGAAGUUCUUGGUGGUUGAAUUUUGUGUGGUUAUAUGUUGAAUGAUCUAUCAGUCAAAAAUAAAAUGUUAUUAAAAUAAAAGGUUCUGGUUCUAAAAUCUGA